UGGAGUCGCGGGCCCCCACUCUGGAGCGUGCGGCCCACGGAGUUCAGCAGGACUGUCAAUGGCAGGAUACCAGCUCUGGUCACCAUGGACCCCACUGGACGAGAGCUUCCAAUGGCUGCGGCAUACGACACCUACACCUUCCUCCAAGCACCCCUUCAGGGCCUCCCCCUGUUUCCCGCACACCCCUUCUGACCUUGAAGUGCAGCUGUGUUUUCAAGAGGUCACUCUGGUCCUAGACAGCCCGUUCCUGGAAACUGGGGUGAGUCCCAAGUUACCGCAGCAUACGUCAGAGCUCCGAACGCUGAACAGUAAGAAAGGCCUGGUCAGGAAGCCCCAGCCUGUCCGCCUCAGGGGAGUGGACUCUGUCUUUGGCAGGGUCAUCACGGCCCAACCUCCAAAGUGGACUGGAACCUUCAGAGUUUCCGACAAGUCGGCCUUCUGCAAAAUCAUCAGCAGGGAGCACCAGUGGCCCACUGGGCUUAAGGAGCCUCAGAUUCAGAUGACGGUGACGAUGUGCAAACAGAUGCUACGCUCCAUCCUCUUGCUGUACGCGACAUACAAGAAGUGCACCUUUGCCUUGCAGCACUCCAAAUGAAGAACCUCUGCAGCGCCCUCUGGUGUGCACUUGAGGCCUACGGAAAACUGUCCACGCGCACCCAGCUGCCUUGGCCCAGCCGGCCUGCUUUUCUGUCGGGCAAUGAAUGAUAGCCGAGGAGCCCACUGAUUGCUUUUGUCUCCAGUGAUACAAUGAGCGAUGACACCUCCUUGGGAGAACAGCCAUUUAGGAGUCAAACAAGCACUGACUUUGUACAUGGAAUAAAGAACCAAUAAACCAUA